CGAGAUUAAAUAUGACUUGUGUGCGCCGGCCUCAGCGCCUCAGUUUUCAUCUGGGUAUCCGCUUCCUUGUCUGUACGCAAUAUUUAUUGCUUUAUGCCUUUAGACUUUGUCUGGUAUGCAAUUGUGUCCAUGUUUCUGAUUUCUGCUGCUUGAUCGGUAUGUCGGUGGAUUUUCUUUCUCUUUACACACGUCCGCUGUAUGCUUCGGCCUCCAUGCCUUCUUUCUUGUAUGCGUGCCCGCUGAGCACUUCGGCCUCCAUGCCUUCUCUUCUGCGUCCGCAGUACGCUUUGGCUUCUCAGCCACCACCUCUCACGUCCGCUGCAUGCUGUUGUUCUGCAUUUAUUUCCUUUUUCUAUGACUCUGACAUAUAUUUCUAACUAAUUCUCUUAUUAGUUCUGGUUAGGGUGGUUGGUUGGCGUUGAAUAUUCGGUCUUGCAUUGGAUAAGGCAGUUAGCCUUGGUUACCCUUUGCAAGUUGGAUCCCGGAUGUUUAC